CAAAAGAAAGAGCUGUUGAGUUUUCUUCAGAAGCUGUGGGAGUUGUCUCUUGCUCUGUGGGACCGAGGACUCGACCUGCUGGGCUACGAACUGCAGCCAUGAUUGUGCAAGGAGCAGGGCUUUCUUUCCUGCUUGUUUUUUCAAAGACUUUUUGUCUUUGUUUACCUGUGACUUUCCUCCUUAUUAUUUGUGUAAGAGGGCAAAAUAAAAAUGAGAGCUUGGACUGUGCAGCUUUUAUCUAGAAAAAAACAAGGAUUUAUCUGCAGAACCUCAAAUAUAUUCUGUACUUCUUCUUGAAUUUUGACAAAUAUAAAAUAUUUCUCUCUUAUUAAGAUUCAACAAUAAACUCAGAUGAUGCACAAAACAGCCAGAGAGACUGGCCAGAGAGGUAAGAAAGUAAGAGGUAAGAAACACAUUUAACACCUUGUUGUAUUAACAUCCAUAUGUUGCUGUAAAUUACAGGCUGCAGUUUUACAUCUGAAGUCAGAACAAUACAAACACUAUUGAUUGGGAAGGUGUGGAGAUGAAACGUGCUUUGAGACUUUAAACAGGAGGUUGAUGAAAUCUAAGAGGGGAAGAGAUGACAAAAAAUGAAAUGGUGGGGGAUACAGAGAGUCGACCUUCCUAUCAAGACAGGAGGAAGAGGAGAAGAUGGAGCUGCCAGAGCAGCGACCCAGCUUACAUUCGCCUAUGGAUCCUUUUGCAGCUCACAGGCAGCAGAUGAGGAGUAUGUUUGGACCAUUUGGUAUGGACCCAUUUUCUCUUGCUCCCCAGAUGCAGCCACACCGUGCACCACGGAGACCGGCUGGCCCACUUGUUCCAUUUGGCAUGAUGGGAAUGGGUGGAGGUUUCAUGGAUAUGUUUGGCAUGAUGGGAGAAAUGAUGGAAAACGUGGAAAGAAUGUCCGGCUCACCAAACUGUCAGACCUUUUCCUCUUCAACAGUGAUCUCUUAUUCAUCCUCAGAUGUGGGGGCUCCGAAAGUUUAUCAACAAACACAUCAAUCAAGAACAGGCCCUGGAGGGAUCCGUGAGACCCGGCAGUCUGUGAGGGACAGCGAGAGUGGCCUUGAGCGUCUUGCCAUUGGUCAUCAUAUUGGGGAGCGUGCACACAUCAUUGAGCGUUCACGAAAUCGCCGUACCGGAGAUCGCGAGGAACGGCAAGACUACAUUAACCUUGAUGAGAGUGAAGGUCCAGCGUUUGAUGAAGAGUGGAGGAGGGAGGCAGGAAGAUAUGUUCCCCCAAAUGCCCGUGGGCUUGAGUACGGCCAAGAUCGACGCGCAGGAGGACAGCAGCUGGCUCUUACCGCCCCUCCCAGCUCAACACCUCCACCUCAUCGACAUGAGUCCCCCAGACACCGUCAGCCCCACGCUCGUCCACGAUACGACUGGUGAAAAGGUGCCCUAUUUGGCAAGCAGAUGUAAGGAGUUGAAGGAACACUUCCCUGAUGCUGUGAAACACGCUGAAGACGGAAGUUGAUGCUUGCCACAACUGCCCGUCAUUAAUGUUUGAUAUGACUGGACUGUCUGAACAUGAGCAACAUAUGAUAUAUAUAUAUAUAUAAAUACACACAUGCACAACAAUACAUCACACAAUUGAUAGUUGCAUCUACAGUUCAUCCUCUUUACUGUUACACAGAGAUGCAGACACCCUUGUGUAAACAUGGGUGUAACUACACUCACUUUAUAUACACACACUCAUUCUCAAAACUUGACAUGUGUUUUUGCCUGCUGCACGAAAGUGCUGCAGUAUACAGUACUUCUACUGUACAGUCCAUUUAUGUUUGUGAGGACACUAGUGUGUCGGUGAAUUGAAUUGUAUACUGUUAACUAAUUAAUCUAAAUAAAGAUGCAUUAAACAUUGUUA